AUGUUGAUAUCGAAAGUCACAGAAUUAGCAAAAAUAUAUUUGUUGGAAAAGUUCCUCCAUUUGAUUAUGAUCAGAGUGAAUAAAGCAGGGAACUUUAAUUGUUUGCUUGAAGAAUGUAAAAGGAUAUUUAAAUUAAAUCCAUUCUACUGUGACAUUACAUUCAAUAAUUUCUUCAAACUCAACAAAGAUAAAGUUUUCAAAGACAUUACUAAUUUCCCUUUUAUCCACCAGACAAACAUUAAAAGAACCGAGACAAAUUGUGGAAGAGUGGGAAAACUUUGUGGCGAAAAUCCAAUAAAACUAUUACGGGAAACAAAAGGAAUGAAAUUAAAAAAAAGUGAAGACAUAACAACGAAUCUCGGAACCUCAACAAUUGAAACAAUACAAAACACGAGGUCGUCUUUAUAUCACUCUAAGUUCUUACGCUUCAGUUUAACUCUAAACAUCACAUAA